AUGGUAAGUCACAACGCCACGUCUUGUAUCGAGCAGAGGCUGAACUCGGCCAACCCGACCGACGCCCAACAGAAAUUCUCAGACUUUUCAGUCGAGCAACUUGGUACCGACACUGAGAGGAUCUUCUCUAACAAUCUUAAAACCUUAUAUCUUCUUCUACUCCUUCUGACUUUCGGAUUUCUGAAAAGAAAUGGAAAACGUGUUUUACCAGUAGCCAACCUUGGGGAUGAAAAUCCUAAUGUUGUUGAAAACAACAGCGGGGGGAAUGGUAACAAUGUUGCACAAUCCCAGGCACCAGUGAACGUAGGUUCACAAGGGGGUGUCAGUUCGGAGGGGUAUAUCCCCACGAUGAGGGUACCUACGGUACCAAGUGGUUCGGCUGAAAAGCCGGAUAAGUUUUCGGGAGCCUUUUUCAAGAGGUGGCAGCAAAAGAUGCUGUUUUACCUCGCUACUCUCGGCUUGUCAAGGUUCUUGACCGAGACGGUUCCAGUGGUGAAGGAACAAGACCCUCAGUCAGUAAUGGCAGUUGGGCUUUGGAAGGAUUCUGACUUCCUUUGCCGCAACUACAUUCUGAAUGGGUUGGUUGACUCCUUUUACGAUGUUUAUCGUAAAAUUGGCACGGCUAAGGCACUGUGGGAAGCUUUGGACCACAAGUACCGAAGCGAGGAUGCCGGGGCCAAGAAAUUUGUUGUUGGCAGGUUGUUUGAUUUCAAGAUGGUGGAUUCAAAAACCGUGUUGAGUCAAGUUGAAGAGUUGCAAUUACUCUUUGACGAGAUUCGUGAUGAGGGCAUGUUGAUUAGUGAAGCCUUCAAGUGGCGUCCAUGA